UCGGCGGCUGCUUCCUGUCCUGCCCCUGCAGGAGCCGUCCUGAGCUGGCGGAGAGGAGCGAAGUGAAAGUCCCAGGCUUGGCGGCCUACUCCUGAAGUGAGCUGCUGCCUUGGUCACCCAUGAAACUGCUGGCCGAGCCAUGUUUGCAAUGAGCUGUGCCUGAGUGUGUGGCCAGACCAUUCUGGCUGAGAUGGUGCACCUGGGAAGGCUGCUGCCCAACUGAGGGCAAUGUUGCGGUGGGCAGUUCACCUGGAAGGAGGUCCGCGGAGGGUGAACCACGCUGCUGUGGCCGUCGGGCAUAAAGUCUAUUCCUUUGGUGGUUAUUGUUCUGGAGAGGACUAUGAGACCCUUCGGCAGAUUGACGUGCAUGUCUUCAACGCAGUUUCGCUUCGCUGGAUGAAACUCCCACCUUUUCAAUCAGAAAGCAGGGAGCAUUCUCCUCAGGUACCAUACAUGAGGUAUGGUCACACUGCGGUACUCCUUGAUGACACAAUCUACGUCUGGGGUGGGAGAAAUGACACCGAGGGAGCAUGCAACGUGCUGUAUGCGUUCGAUGUCAAUACCCACAGCUGGUCCACCCCGAAGGUUCAUGGUUCAAUCCCAGGUGCUCGAGACGGCCACUCUGCCUGUGCUCUGGGCAAGUGCAUGUUCAUCUUUGGAGGAUACGAGCAGCUGGCUGACUGUUUCUCUAAUGAUAUCCAUCGCCUUGAUGCUAUGACAAUGACGUGGACCCUGGUCAAUGCAAAGCUCGUCAAAUUGAUUUGGAGUCACUUGGCCUAUAGCGUCAUCCAACACACCCCACUCUGCCUACAGCCGGCCGUCAUUCCCUCCAUCCGCUCCCACUCAGUACUCCACUGCCUUUUCAGUGAUCUGUCCGCAACGCCGCCCUCGAACAGCAGCUCUCACGCUCGUGACAGAACUACACCAAACAUCAAUUUGGAAGCUGAGCAUAUCAAAUCUCUUGGGUGCUUUGUUGUGCCAAUGAGAGUUAUUAUUUGUUUCUUCGGCUGCGAUAUUGUAACUUGUAGCUUGGCAACAGCGCUGUCCUCCGUUCCUGUCGCUGGAAGACCCAUCUCGGGAUUGGAGCCUGGAUCCCACAGCAUUUCCAGGGUUUCUGGAUUACUCCUCGAGCAACAAUACCACGAUCCCUUCAGGCCCCUCAAUCCAGGCCACAUUGUGUACACAACCUGGAACGUGGCCCAGGAACUCGUUUGUAAAGCUGGAGACAUCUCUCAGUUACCUGGUUCCCCCCCCAGCCAGAACACAUCAUUCACUGGGCGGCAGCUGGGAGAUUCGAGUGACUUGUUGACAGAAUGCUGUUCUGACGACGCAGCUCAGCAGCUGGGCAUUGGGAGUCCGUCUCUGUGCCAGCACUAUGUGGAUGAGAGGCUCUCUACUGCUGAGGUUACCUUGCAAUCCGAGGGCAAAUGUGCCAUGGACCAUCUCCCCAGUGUGGCUAGUUAUAUUAAUGUCUUUCUCUGUCUGUUCUAUAGCCCAUGCCCAGAGCAAGGAAUGGGGGAUGAGUUUAACUUGAUGGAUCACUCGGACCUGUACAUCCUGGAUUUCAGUCCAAGUCUGAAGACAUUAUGCAAACUGGCCGUGAUUCAGUACAGUUUGGAUCAGUCCGCUCUCCCUCAUGACAUCCGGUGGGAGCUUACAGCCAUGACCACAAACAGCAACAUCAGUCGUCCAAACUUCUCUUCUCAUGGCUAAACAAAACCCUCUCUCUGACUCAGCUCCUUGACGUUGUUCCUUGCGUGG